CCUAAAAAAGGGAACGCUGGGCUCAGGCCGUGUGUCAGUGCGACCUGGCAACGGGAGGAGAAGGCAGGGCCGGACGCUGCUGCCCAGGGACCAGAGGGACCCCACACCUCGGGAUCUGGGCCUGUGCUGCAGGCUCACCUGCCUCUCCCUGCCCAGAAUCAGCGGAGGAACAACCAGAGCAGACUGCGGUGUUCCUCGACGUGACGACGGGAGGAGAAGGCGGACAGGAGCAGGGCUCACGCAGGGCUGAGCAGGGACUGGUGCCCUCGUGGCUCUGGGCCUGUGCUGCAAACUCCCCAGUCUUCUUUCUCCCACAGAGAGAGGACCAGCACCUGGAGGAGACGGUGGCGUUUCGGGACAGGGACUCACCGCUGACAGCUGCCAUGUCUUGCAGCAAGCAGGAGGGCCCUGGUGACAGGGAGCCAGCCUGCAGGCUGUGUCGCCGUGCAGAGGCUGACCCGGACAUGUGCGGUGACAAACUGGAGAAGUGCGGGCUCUGUGCCCACGUGUUCUGCCUGUUCUUUGCCACUCUGCUUUUUCGUCAAGAUAACGAUCGUGGUGGACUCAUGGGAUUUCUUCCUAGAGAUAUCCAAAUUGCAGUCUGGCGGGCAGCACUAAAGCGCUGCUGCGUCUGUGGCCAGAGCGGGGCAACCAUCAUGUGUUGCAAGGAGGACUGUGGCAGAUGGUUCCACCUGCCCUGUGCCAAGGAGGGCGGCUGUGUCACACAGUAUAUUCCAGAUUACAGCUCCUUCUGCCCUGAGCACGGUCCAGAGCAGGACGUGGAGGCGACUCCAGAGCCGGGCACCGAUUGCCUCAUCUGCAUGGAGCCUGUGGAGGAUAGAAAGACCUUCAGAACCCUGGUGUGCCCAGCGUGCAAAAGGGCCUGGUUCCACAGGGACUGCAUCCAGGGACAGGCCAUGUGCGCUGGUGCUUUAGCCUUCCAGUGCCCCCUGUGCAGAGACAAGGUGGCAUUCACAGUUGAAAUGUUCACCAUGGGGAUCCGAAUUCCCUUCAGACUGCCAACAUGGGAGGACAACGAUGCCUUUGCGGAUCUAGGAGAGAGGCACAGCAGGUGCACUGCCAGGGAUUGCCUUUACCCGGGAGGCAGGGAGGAGGCAGAGGAAGAGGGGCCCUGGGAGCUGCUCCUGUGCUCCUCCUGCGCUGCUGAGGGCACCCACAGGCGCUGCUCUGGCCUGAGAAACCGCAUAGAGAGCUGGGAGUGUGACAGCUGUGCUGGUGUCGGAACGGGUAGGAGGCAAAGCAGCCGGUGCCCCUGGGCUGGGGACAGUGCCCAGGCUGGGCUUGGCAGAGCCCGUCUGCUCCUGAAGGGCUGGGGGUUCUGCUCUGGCCUGGCUUGCCUCAGGCCUGGGUGGUCUUUGACAUUCCUGCCUGGCCUUACAGCUUCCAUGGAUGAGUCAGAGCUCAGUGGCCCCAGCCUGACCAGACAGUCAGGACUGGAGCCUGCUCAUGGCUCCUCAGCACCUGAGGCCAUCAGCCCCAGCUCCAGCACCCUGGUGCCAUCGGGGCUGGAUCCCCAGUCUCCAUCUGUGGAGACCAGCAGCAGCCACCAGCACACAGUAUGGCUGCAGUCUCUGCUGUCUUCUUCACUGGACACCAGCAGCCCCAGCACAUCAAGCUCAACGUACAGCACCUCGUCUGACCCUGAGGACAGGGUCCAUUCCAGACGUGCUGGGCCCAGCUGCAGGCCAACCCGCUCUCACCAGCAAGGUCGGGCCCCAGAAGGACCCGUCCGAUGGAGGAGUCGCUGUGACAGGAGCAGGAGGACAACCACGAGGACUGAGAGGCCCAGGCGAAGGGAGACACCUUCACAGGCAUCCCCGGGAUGCAGCCGCGCCCGCCAGCAAGGUCAGGCCCAGAGUCCGCCUGCCCGGUCCAGGAGUCGCCGUGACAGGAGCAGCCGGACAAGACCAAGGACUGAGAGGCCCAGGCCAAGGGAGACGUCGUCAGGGACAUCCCCCAGACGCAGCCGCGCCCGCCUGCAGCGCCGGGCCUCGAAUCAACCUGUCCUGUCCAGGAGUCGCCAGGACAGGAGCAGCAGGACAGCAGCAAGGGCUCAGAGGCCCAGGCGCAGUGGGGCACCGUCAGGGGUGUCCCGCAGGAGCAACCGCUCCCGCCAGCGACGCCGGGCCUCAACUGGGACCUACAACAGCAGCACAUAG